CGGCGCUCUAGACGGUUCUGGGCGCCCUCGAUGGCUCGGCAGCGCCGGGCCGGGUGGGCGGUCGGCGGCGCGGCGCUGCCCCGUUGAGGAGAGCGGCGGGGCCCGGCCGCCAUGGAGCCCGAGACGCUGGAGGCGCGGAUCAACAGAGCCACAAAUCCCCUGAACAAGGACCUGGACUGGGAUGGUAUCAAUGCUUUCUGUGAGCAGCUUAAUAAGGAGCUAGAGGGUCCUCCACUUGCUACCCGACUUCUUGCCCACAAGAUCCAGUCUCCGCAGGAAUGGGAAGCUAUCCAGGCCCUCACGGUGCUGGAGUCCUGCAUGAAGAGCUGUGGCAAACGCUUCCACGACGAGGUGGGCAAGUUUCGCUUCCUCAAUGAGCUCAUCAAAGUGGUGUCACCCAAGUAUCUUGGCAGCCGGACACCAGAAAAAGUGAAGUCAAAGAUCUUGGAGCUGAUGUACAGCUGGACAUUAGGGCUGCCUCACGAGGUGAAGAUCUCUGAAGCCUACCAGAUGCUGAAGAAACAAGGAAUUGUGAAAUGUGACCCAAAACUGCCUGAUGAUGCUCCUUUUCCACCACCUCCUCCUCGGCCCAAGAACAUCAUCUUUGAUGAUGAAGAGAAAUCCAAGAUACUGGCUCGUCUUCUGAAAAGCUCCCAUCCCGAGGACCUCCGGGCUGCCAACAAGCUCAUCAAGGAGAUGGUUCAGGAGGACCAGAAACGCAUGGAGAAGAUCUCCAAGAGGGUGAAUGCCAUUGAGGAGGUGAACAACAAUGUGAAGCUGCUGACAGAGAUGGUGACCAGCUACAGCAAGGGAGAGACAACAGAGAGCAAUGAGGACCUAAUGAAGGAGCUGUAUCAGCGCUGUGAGCGCAUGAGGCCCAUGCUUUUCCGACUUGCCAGUGACACAGAAGACAAUGAUGAAGCUCUAGCGGAGAUCCUGCAAGCCAAUGACAACCUGACACAGGUGAUCAAUCUCUACAAGCAGCUUGUGCGGGGAGAAGAAAUCAACGGGGAGACUGUGGCUGGUCCCCUUCGAGGCAGCACUUCAGCGCUUCUGGAUCUGUCAGGUCUAGACCUUCCAGCAACAGGUCCUUCCUACCCAGCCUUGCCCACCCUCUCACGUGGCUCAGCAGUCCCUGUGCCUGACCAAGCUGGCUCUGUCUCCCUGCUGGAUGAUGAACUCAUGUCUUUAGGUCUGAAUGACCCAGCACCACCUCCUGCCCAGGCUGGUGACAGCAGUGGCUGGAACAGCUUCCAGUCAUCGGAUAGCAGCGAGUUUGGCAUCGCCCCUAUCACAGCAACACCACCAAUCAAAGCAGAUGCUGGCACGUCCUCCCCGAAACCUUCUUUCACCAGUGGCCUGCAUGACCUAGACCUCCUGGGCAAGACUCUGCUGCAACAGUCUCUGCCUCCAGAGUCACAACAAGUGCGGUGGGAGAAGCAGCAGCCACCUCCACGGCUCACCCUGAGGGAUUUACAGAACAAGAGCAGCUCUGGCACCACGGCCCACGCUUCCAGUCCCCUGCCUGUGCUCCAGAGUGUUUCUCCCAACCCCACGCUGCCCCCGGCCUCAGAGCUGCCUGCCCCUGCAACGCUUCCAAAAGCUGCCACCACACCAACAGGAAGUACUCCGGUCCCACCACGGUCUCCUGCCACUACCCUGCCACAGGAGAUCUCGCUGGCCAACAUCACUGUGCCUCUGGAGUCAAUCAAACCCAGCAGCAUCCUCCCUGUGACGGUGUAUGAUCGGCACGGCUUCCGCGUCCUCUUCCACUUCGCUAAAGAUGCCCUGCCCGAGAGGCCUGAUGUGCUUGUGGUGGUGAUCUCUAUGCUCAGCACAGCCCCGCAGCCAAUCCGCAACAUUGUCUUUCAAUCUGCUGUCCCCAAGGUGAUGAAAGUGAAGCUGCAGCCUCCCUCGGGCACAGAGCUGCCAGCAUUCAACCCCAUUGUCCAUCCUAGUGCCAUCACACAAGUCCUGCUGCUCGCUAACCCGCAGAAGGAGAAAGUGAGGCUACGAUACAAGCUGACCUUCACCAUGGGAGAGCAAACCUACAAUGAAAUGGGGGAUGUGGACCAGUUCCCCCCACCAGACUCCUGGGGAAACCUCUAGAGCCACCCCUUGCAGGCACUACUCUGCAGAGUCCUUGGGAAGCCAGCUCUGCAAGGCUGCAGCACCCUGAGGAGAUGGGGAGGGUGGGUGGGGGCUGCUGCUCACACUCUAUUCUCCAGAUGGCUGGGCAAGGGCCAGAGGGAGCAUGCCUGAAGGAUGAGAGCAGAGAUGCCAGGAGAUGUUCAUCCAGUGUGACUAGGAGUGGAGUUGAAAGCUUACUGUGGGUGAACAGUUGCCUUCCCUGCUCUUCUGAAGGCUUCCUUCCCUCCCCAAUUUGUUCAUCUUCUCUUCUAACCCUGCUUUCCUCCUUUAGGUGCAGUGGGGAACAAGGAUGGGGAGCUUUAGCAGACUCAGCCUGGAGCAAAGGCCUAGUAAAUGAAGAUCCUUUUCCUUUUCUGUCCCCUCCAUCCUUCCUGACCCUUCAGCUGCUUCACGCUCUGCAGUGCUCCCUCUCGUUAGCAAAUGCUGAGCUCAGAUGGGUUCCCCCUACCCCCCACUUCUUCAAGCUGGGUACCAGUGGUUCCCUGUCUGCUGGGAUUUUCACAGCCAGCUCUGGGACAUGAGGCUGAACAGGGACUGGGCUGGGGUCAGUGUCUUUCCAGCACCAGAGAGCAGGUAGCUGUCCUUGCUUGAGUUGGGAGGGGGAGUAGUCUUCUGUGUCCCCCUCCCUCCAGCUGCAGGCAGAGCUGUUGGGCUGGGAGAGGGACCCUGGGGUUAGGAACCUGUUGGGUUCAGGGCUGGGAAGAGCUUACUCUAUGCCUGCCCUGACUACAUCAUCUCUGUAGCUCCUUGGCUCCUAGCACUGAACCCAGCAGGGAGGAAGCACACACCUUUCCCGUAUGCUUUAUCUACUACAGCAACCAUUUGGGAUCGCUGUUGGACUAUCGUAACUGUUUGUCCUGUGUGCCAACCCUGAAAGGGGCAUGUUUCAAAGGGGCCUUCUUUAGGGGUUUAAGUCUUCCCAUAGCCUCUGAGUCCUGUCAGACAGAGGGAAGGGAAGCAGCAAGUCAUCCUACUCCCCCUGGCUAUGCUAAACAGUUUGGUUAGGAGGGUUUUAUGAGGGUUUUUUUUAGCUCUUUGAUUUCUUCUUGCAGCUGGGAAAGGGAUGGGCUGGAGUUGGGGAGAGACUGGACGGACACCAGCCCAUCUCCAGGCGACACCACUAAGGAACUGCACUGGGAGCGCAGGUCCUCACUGGGGCGGGCAGUAUGACUGUGCCUUGUGCACCUUUGCCUGCAGCAGUGGGCAGGGGGUUCGUCCCAGGCACUCGAUCACUGUGACACAAGAGCAGGGAUCUGCAGGCACAGAGGAGACCAGGGGGUGGCAUGUCCAGAGCAAUCCCCAUUCUGAUCGGACUUGUGACCACAGGAGCUGCUUCCCUUCCCUAAGGUGGUUUUAACUGGGCCUGAUUUUAGAGGUGUAAGCAAACUGCAUCUUGUAUCGGCUUGCUAGGUGUAGAAGGAGCAUGUGUGAGAUGGAGGACGGUGGGUGGUGCUCGUUCUUGGCUUGGGGGCAGUGAAGGUGAGAGGUCUCGGAGCUGGGUGUGUUGUGUGGUAGAGGAGAGGGGGAAGCAAGGUCUCUUUGCUGGGGUUCUGCUGUGUCUUACUUCCCUUUCUGGUCUCUUUUCAGGGUUUUGUAUGGGUUUUUUCUUUGCAGAUCUUGUUUGGUUCUUGAACAGACUUGUAUAUAUUUUCAGUGCAAAUUCUGUAAAUUGAAAAAACAAAGAUUUAAAACAAAACGCCCGGCGCGAAUAAUCUGCUGUAUUUAUGGGAAAUAAAGAGAGUUCUUUCCUGA